UGAGCUCUCAUCAAACACUACGGCACCUACAGCGGGGAUGGGAGGCGCCGCAGGGCAGCACUUAGUGCUUCCAUCGCAGCCCGAUGUGGCGCUACGUGUCGCCGUUGUGCCGCACGGAGCGGAACCCUCGGCUCGGGGCUGAGUGCCGGGGGGGGCGGGAGCUGUGAGAGCAUGGGGCCGGCCGAGCUGGUGCAGAAGAUCAGCAUUAACGCCGAGAGGAACGAGUGCGGGCCGGGGGCUGAGCGCGGCCCCGCCGGCGGCUGGAGGCAGAAGUGCGCGGCCUAUGUGCUGGCACUGCGGCCAUGGAGCUUCAGCGCUUCCCUCACCCCCGUGGCUCUGGGCAGCGCGUUGGCCUACAGGGCACAGGGAGCGUUGGACCCGCGCCUGCUGGUGGGCAGCGCCGUGGUCGUACUGGCCGUGCACGGGGCCGGUAACCUGGUGAACACGUAUUACGACUUCUCCAAAGGCAUCGAUCACAAGAAGAGCGAUGACAGGACGUUGGUGGACCAGAUCUUGGAACCUCAGGACGUGGUGCGGUUCGGGGUGUUCCUGUACACCGUGGGCUGUGUCUGCGCUGCUGGGCUCUAUGUUGUCUCAACGCUGAAGCUGGAGCACCUGGCCCUGAUUUACUUCGGGGGGCUGUCCAGCUCCUUCCUCUAUACUGGAGGGAUUGGAUUUAAAUAUGUUGCGCUUGGAGAUGUGGUGAUCCUGAUCACCUUUGGGCCCCUGGCGGUUAUGUUUGCCCAUGCUGUGCAGGUUGGUUAUCUGUCUGUCUCACCGCUGCUCUACGCUGUCCCUCUGGCUCUCAGUACUGAGGCCAUCCUGCACAGCAACAACACGCGAGACAUGGAGUCUGACCAGCAGGCGGGCAUUGUCACCUUGGCUAUCCUCAUCGGCCCUGCGUUCUCCUAUGUUCUCUACACCGUGCUGCUCUUCUUACCCUACUUGAUUUUCUGUGUGUUGGCCACACGCUACACCAUCAGCAUGGCGCUGCCGCUGCUCACCAUCCCGAUGGCGUUUUCACUGGAGAGGCAAUUUCGGAGUCAAAACUUCAACAAAAUUCCUCAGCGGACAGCCAAACUCAAUCUCCUUUUGGGGCUCUUCUAUGUUUUUGGAAUUAUGCUGGCACCAGCUGGUGCUCUGCCCAAACUGUAAUGAGCUGUAGAGCCAGACCUCUCAGUUCAGUAUUAAUGCCAAUGAAGAAGGGGAUUAUGUGGGUAGUUGACCUGUUAUGGACAGUGUGAAGCACAGAGACUGUUCUGAGCUGUUGAUUGUAUGUGAGUGUUAUGAUUUCUGGUCUUGGUUAGCUUGCACAGCCGGCUUUAGAGAAGCCAUUUAUCAGUUCCUUGGAAUAUCGCUUCCUUGCAGCUUUGAUUCUGGAGAAGCAACGUGACCUGAGGACAAGAGUUUAAAGAAUGUCACCCUUCUGCUGCUGAAUUCUGAGGAGCUUCCUCUGUUAAUGGAAGUAAGAUUGAAUCUGAUGCAAACUCUCCCUUCACAAGUAGAUCGAUUGCUCUUACAACUCCUUACCGUGGUCAUGGAGUUCAGUGGCUCCUACAUGGCAAAUAGAAAGCACUGCCAAAAGUUUAGCAUCACAAUGAUGUAGGUGCUAUUACUUCACCCCCUUGAGCCCACGAUUCAUCAGUUGUGUAUCUUUUAGUUUGGUUUUCUUUUCCCUUUUGAGCUCUUAUUUCCAAGCCCCCCCCACUUUUAUGGCAGACCAGUUUGUGUGACUGAAUCCCACUUAAAUGUUAGGAGCUCUGAAGUGAGUUUCCCCACCUCUUCUCCUCCCUCUGCACCUCACAGUGUUGUUUUAUUUUCUUCUCUAGAUCUCACCUACUGAUACUUUGACUGUUUGGAGAACUGUUUGUUUCAGUAAAUGUGCAGCAGUGCAAACCAUGCCAAACAUCACUGGGAAACAUCCGGUCACUUUCCAUACAGAGAUAAAUUUGGUCUGUUCUGUUGUUAUUUAGUGGCAGUUGAAUUCUCUUUUUUGGAAGAAAUAGUAGUUAUUUCCUACACUUGGGGGUUGUAAAGAGCUUCACAGGGAUUCAUCCUGGUGUUCCACUCCUGCUGUUAGUGCCUGGAGCACAGAGUUGCUUUCAACCCAAGGGGGAGUGUGUUAAUUACUAUAGAAAGGACUUCUAAACACGAGCAAUAAGCUUAGCAUGGUGUUGCCCUCCGUCUGUCAUAACUAAGCCAUACAUUCAGAAGUACUGAGUGUUGUAUUAGGGGAGUGUGCCACUGCCAGCACUGAAACUGUUAAUAAGACAAGAUUACACAGUAUUGAGAGUUCAGUGAGACAGUAGCUGAUCUGACAGCACGAGACAAGAAGAUACAGACUUCAGCAUCUAUCUGCUGCUGUCUACAGCAAAACACUUGGUUAGAUUAGAAACGUGAGGAGAAAAGGAGAAAAUUCAGCUUGGGCAGAUGGAGGGAGAAUAGACAGAAGUGUUUUGGUAACUGCUUUAGGUAGAGAUGGACAACACAGUACUGUUGUUUCUUUGUGGACCUACAGAAUAAAGGGCUUGGCUCUGUGACCUGCAUCACUUUUCUGCAGAGUAAAGGCUUUUUAGAGAUAUGUUGAGCUGCUGCAUCUGCUCAUUGUACACUCAGAGAUAGGUGGGUUUAUUCACCCCUCGUGGCUCCAUUGUCGCCCUUUGUAGCAGCUUCAUUUUACGAUGGCUCGUUUUUACAUAGCUGUCAGUUUAAAAUAGUCGUUCUCAUUUUCUACUCCUUACACAUAGAGUUACUGAAGCUAUAUUUCUUAUGGUAACUAAGACAUGGCUCACGUAUCUGAUAGCUGUACUGGUGGAGAAAGACCUGGGCAAUAACUAGUAGUGAAGUUGUGUAUGCAGCUGUGGUUGUAUUGGGGCUGCACUUUAGUCAUGGGAAGGACCAUUGCUUUUUGUUCAAGGAGAUGAAGGAAGAGUUCACUAAUACUGUGUGUGUUUGUGGAACUCUAUCCCUGCAGAGGAGUUUCAAAGCAGUGAGGAUUAGGAGAAAAUCAGUCUAAAAUGCUUUUGCUUCCUAACAGAUGCCGGUUGCAUACAGUUCCCUGUCUGUGAAGGAAUAAUUCCAUGUUCUUGGGGAUACUGAUAAGAGCUCCCACUUUCUUCCCCAUGGCUUUGAGGAAGUCAUUUACCCACUUUAUGUAUCAGGAAACAGCUAACUUCUGCCUACCUCACAGGGACGCUGAGCCAACAUCACUAUCACAGCUUUGAAAGUAACAAGUGCUUUAUCUCUGUGUGCUUUCCAAAAGCGUGUUAGCAUUAGAAAGUAUUUUAGGUAUGAACUAACAUGACGAGAGGCUGAAGCAGUGUGAGCAGACCACAAUCACCUCCGAGCUGACAUUGAGUGCUAAGAGAGGCUCCCUUGGCUUGUUUUGUGACGAGGAUGCUGAGUCGUUCCCUGUCUUUCUCCCCCCUGUCCCAUGUGAAUAUACACUUCUUAAGGUCUCUCUUGAGCUGUGUUGCUGUGUGAUGAGUCUGCACUGGUAGGUUCACUGAUCACCUGCCGAUGUGUCCUGAAGCACCUCCUGGCCUUUCUUACUCAAUAAAACGACUGAAUGUUAUCCUGUUACCUGUACUGCAUUCAAUUAUUUUAUAUCUCUGUGUUUUUCACAUGCAUUUGAGAAUUCUCUGGGAAGGAAGGGGUUUUUCUCUGUAGUGAUUAUACUAUAAGAACAUGAAAGCUCAUACCUAUUAUUUUAUGUGUACUGAGUCUUAUGAGCUGUUAUGUCCUUCCAUCUCACUGGAUAAGUUCAGUAGCAGUGGUCACCUCAUUAACAGCAGUUUUCAGGGCGGUGUAAGUGUUUUCAAUAGGCAGAAUUUCCUUUGAUGCACUUUUCUGUGCCACGCACUGCUCAGCAUUUAUAAGGAGCUUCCAGCUCAACUUUUAAUCUUUCUAAUAAAGGUGGACUUUCUCAUCUUCA